AUGGCUUCUCUUACUCGCGCGAGUCGAAUCAAGAACCCCGCAUUGUUCAUAUGCGACAUCCAAGACAAAUUCCGUAGUAAAAUCUACGAAUUCCCAAAGCUCGUCUCAACAACAGACAAAAUGAUCCGAGCCUCCAACGCCCUCCAACUCCCAAUCUACAUAACCACCCAAUCCCGCUCCAAACUCGGCAACACCGUCCCAGAGCUCGCCGCAAACCUAACAGGCCCCAACGUCCGCGCCGACAUCGACAAAACCCUCUUCUCAAUGAUAACCCCCGAAUUCGAGCGCCAGCUUCCGGCGCGGCCUUUGGACGUGAUUAUCGUCGGCAUUGAGACGCAUAUCUGCGUGACGCAGACUACACUUGAUCUUUUGGAGCGCGGUCAUCGCGUUUAUGUCCUUGUUGAUGGGGUUAGUUCGAUUAAUCCUGAAGAGAGGGGGAUUGCGCUGGCGAGAUUGAGGGAUGCCGGUGCUAUUGUUACUAGUAGUGAGAGUGUAUUGUUUGAGAUACUGGGUGAUGCGGGUCAUGCGCAGUUUAAGGCUGUUACUGGCCUUGUUAAGGAGACUAGUGAGGUUACUAAGAGUGCUCUUGGGGCCUUUUCGAAGAUUUAG